CUAAGUGGCGACAUUAUAAAGGCGACUAGUUGUUCGGAAAAAACUUAGUGUGUGGAGAGGAGAGACGCAAGCAUGGCGUGGUUACUGAAGACGAUUAUUCUGUUCGCGAUACUGAGCUUCUGUGCUGGCACGUCGCCACCGAAGAAAAAGCCGAAGUGCAAACCACCUAGAUGUAACAAAAACGAGCAUUACGUGGUGGAUUCCGUCGCUUGUGAGAAGACGUGUGCGAACCGUAAGCACUAUGACACCAUGGGUGCGUGCAGGCCUUUCUCGAAAUGUGUCUGCUCGGGUGACCUUAUGCGGCUAAAUGACGAUGCAACUGGACCUUGCGUUACUGAGGAUCAAUGUCCAUCUUCAUGUUGUAACGAAAACGAGCAUUAUGUUGUGGACUCCAAUGCAUGCGAGAAGACAUGUGCCAACCGUAAAAUCUAUCAUUUGAUGGGUGCAUGCAUGCCUGCAUCGAGAUGCAUGUGCAACGGUGACCUUAUGCGGCUAAAUGAUGAUGCAACUGGACCUUGCGUUACUGAAGAUCAAUGUCAUUUAGGAGGAGACGACAGUUGUCCCGACGGGGACAGGAAUGCAACGCGUCAAGAGUGCGCGUCGUGGUGCCAACCAACAUGCUCAAGACCAGUGCCUGGAGAAAUCUGUCCUGCAGCGUGUUUGCCCCGUGGUUGUGUCUGCAAGGAGGGCUACAUACUAGCGGCUGACAGCAAAUGCAUAGCAGUGGAAGACUGCCCUCCAGGUUGCAAUGGAGACGCAAACGCUACGGUAACAACAUGCACCACAGGCUGUCCGGCCACUUGCACGCCGAAUGACCGGGUGUGCCCAGCAGUAUGCGGACCGAUCGGCUGCGCUUGCCUUCCGGGAUACGUGCUGUCUGAUGAGGGCAAGUGUAUCCUCAAGGAGGACUGUCCAGCACCUACAUGUAACGAAAACGAGUAUUACGUGGAAGACUCUAACGCCUGCGACAAGACAUGUGCGAAUCGUAAGGUGUUUGAUAUAAUGGGCGCAUGCAAACCUUACUCGAGGUGCAUGUGCGCGGGUGACCUCAUGCGGCUAAAUGAUGAUGCAACUGGACCUUGUGUUACUGAAGAUCAAUGUCCGCCCAGUUUAGAAUGUGGUCUGAAUGAAGUAGCAUCAAAGGACAAGAUAGUCUGCCCGCCCCAGACCUGUGAGAGUAUCUAUGCUUCGUUCUACUGCCCCCCUCGUGAUCCUGAGCCAGGGUGCAAUUGUAUCAACGGUUAUCUUAGAAACCGCAGCAAUAUUUGUAUACCAAGCGAGCAGUGCCCUGAUUUGACAAUAGUACUUCCGACCUGCGGCCCGAACGAAAUUGCUGUACAAAAAAAAUAUGAAUGUCCGCCUCAAACCUGCGGGCGGGAUUUGUCAUUGUACAACUGCGAUGACCAACCAUCUCCUGCGCCAGGCUGCAUCUGUAUUAAAGGAUAUUUGAGGAACUCCACUGGCGAUUGUAUACCCAGAGAUCAGUGUUCCACACCAGUACUUCCAACCUGUGGCCCGAACGAAAUUGCUGUACAAGAAAAAUAUGAAUGUCCGCCUCAAACCUGCGACAGCAUCUUGUCAUUGUACAACUGCGAAAACCAACCACCCCCUAAGCCAGGCUGCAUCUGUAUUGAUGAAUAUUUGAGGAACUCCACUGGCGAUUGUAUACCCAGUGAUCAGUGCCCCAAUUUAGGAGGAGACGAUAGUUGCCCCGACGGGGACAGGAAUGCAACGCGUCAAGAAUGCGCGUCGUGGUGCCAACCAACAUGCUCAAGACCAGUGCCUGGAGAAAUCUGUCCUGCAGCGUGUUUGCCCCGCGGCUGUGUCUGCAAGGAGGGCUACAUACUGGCGGCUGACGGCAAAUGCAUAGCAGUGGAAGACUGCCCUCCAGGUUGCAAUGGAGACGCAAAUGCUACGGUAACAACAUGCACCACAGGCUGUCCGGCCACUUGCACGCCGAAUGACCGGGUGUGCCCAGCAGUAUGCGGACCGAUCGGCUGCGCCUGCCUUCUGGGAUACGUGUUGUCUGAUGAGGGCAAGUGUAUCCUCAAGGAGGACUGUCCAGAUGUUGCAGGAUGUGGCGGAGACCCGAACGCGGAGUUAACUAUGUGUACGUCCGGCUGCCCUCCCACUUGUGGACAGAGUGACAUCGCAUGCCCAGACGUAUGCGGACCACCUGGUUGUCAAUGUAAAUCAGGAUAUGUGCUGUCAGACGGCAAGUGUAUCCUGCCGCAGAAUUGCCCAAUUGAUGACAGCUGUCCCGAUGGGGAUAAGAAUGCAACUCGUCAGGACUGCCCGUCUUCAUGCCAACCAACAUGCCAGGAGCCUAUGCUUCCAGAUGGAUACUUGUGCAUAGACGCAUGUCUGCCUCGGGGAUGUGUGUGCAAGUCGGGCUAUAUUCUUUCGAGUAGCAACGGCCAGUGCAUUGCUCAGGAAGACUGUCCUCAAGGUCCAUGUGGGUUAAACGAAGUAUACUCCAGCCAGAAAAUAAAAUGCCCUCCUCAAACUUGCGAAAGUAUAUACACUUCAUACGAGUGUCAGCUCCAACUGCCAGAGCCUGGAUGCAACUGUAUCGACGGAUACCUCAGGGAUGGAAAUAAUAAUUGUGUGCCUAGCGAUCAAUGCCCGGGAUCCACACCAAUUUGCGGUGAAAAUGAAGUGUAUACUGAUAGAAAAUACACAUGUCCCCCGCAAUCCUGCGACAGCCAAUAUUUGAACUACCUUUGCGCCCAGGAAGAGCCAAGACCAGGAUGCGUUUGUAAAGACAAUUAUCUCCGAAAUGGAAGUGGAAAUGAUGCUGUUUGCAUACCUAUCAAGCAGUGUCCUCCAGGUCCCAUCCAGUUUACCGUCUUGUGCGGCGAGAAUGAAGUAAAAACAGAUAACAAGAGGUCAUGUCCGCCAGAGACUUGUGAAAGUAUCGGAAGACUGUACAAAUGUGCAGCUGAAGAGCCUACUCAAGGAUGCAAGUGCAUCGAUGGAUACUACAGAGAUACUAAUAAUAAGUGCAUCCCUAAAGACCAGUGUCCCAAAGACGGUGCAAUUCCUUCCUGUGACGAGGAAUCAUCAAGCUAUGAAAGAUCUGAAAGAUCUUCGUCGAGUUCCCAAAGCUCUUCGUAUUCAUCAUCAAAAUCAUCAACAAAAAUUGGACCUAAAGCCUGCAAAGGAGACAGGAACGCGACUUACACGACCUGCACAUCCAAGUGCCCGGCUCGAUGUGGACCGUCGUCGGGGCCUUCGAUUUGUCCAGCUGUAUGCGGCCCCCCCGGCUGCCAGUGCAAGAAGGGAUACAUACUAGCCGGGGACAAGUGCGUGCUGCCAAGGGAUUGUCCACCAACACCAAGCUGUCACGGUGACAGGAACGCUACUUACAAAGUGUGCCCAUCUAUGUGCCAACCGACUUGCAAGCAACCGGUCUUGAAUGUAGCAUGCGUUCAGGGAUGUGCUCCUGAUGGAUGCGUCUGCAAGCCGGGCUAUGUGCUGUCUGAUGAAAAGAAAUGCAUUCUGCCGAAAGACUGUCCAGGUUGUAAAGGAGACAGGAACGCAACGCUCCAGGAAUGCCCCUCUUAUUGCCCCCUGACCUGCGAGAAACCAGUCGAUACUGCUCCGUGUCCAGCUGCCUGUGCUCCUGAGGGGUGCGUGUGCAAUAGAGGGUACUUGCUGUCUAAUGGGCAGUGUGUGUUACCAAAGGAUUGUCCAGGAGGAUCGCCAACCUGUCCCGCCAAUGAGCAAUACGUCAACUGCCACGUGGAGUGCCCCAAUAGCUACUGUCCAGUGAACGACAACCGGGGCAUCCUCAUCUGCGAUCCUCCCUUCCCUUGCCCCGCCGGCUGCUCCUGCAAGGCUGGCUACAAGAGGAAGAGUUAUGAAGACAGAACCUGCAUUGAAUAUUCUUCUUGCCCUCCCGUCAACUGCACAAGACCUAAUGAAGUUUGGAAUCCAAAACCACCCAACUGCAUAGCCGAAAGAUGCGAAGACGCAACAAACCCUCAACCUUGCAACAGGCCAUACCCUAACUACACGCCACAAUGCGUCUGCAAGGAAGGAUACUACAGGAACGCAUCUGAUAUCUGCGUUAAACGCUCAGAGUGCCCUGUUCAGUGCUCGAUUCCAGUAAAGUGUCGGCCGACGUGCGCAGUGCCAAAUCCACGAAACUGCUCAUCUAGAUCGCCAGCCGCCGCCAACGUAGACGGUUGCGAAUGUCAAGAAGGUUACAUUCUAUCAGAAGUUGGAGGAAAGUGCAUCAAAAUUGAAGAUUGUCCACAAGACCAAAGCUGCAACGGAGAUCCCCACGCAAGGAUCAAACCCUGCCCCUGGGCGUGUCCAGCCACCUGCGAUUCACCAAACGCCUCGAACUGUGACAAGAAAUGCGGACCCGUAGGAUGUGAAUGUCAAGAAGGAUACAUAUUUUCAAAGAAAGACGGAAAGUGCAUUUUACCCGAUGAUUGCCCAGGUGGAAACCCAUGUGGCGUAAACGGUACAUUCGUGGACUGCGGAUUCCGUUGCCCUAACCAAUACUGUCCUCAAGACGACAGCAGAAUCCAGAUCGCCUGCAAACCUGGCCGACCAUGCCCACCAGGCUGCGCUUGCAAAAUCAACCACAAGAGAUUGAGCUACGAAAAUGAUAUUUGCAUUGAAGCCGCAGAUUGUCCUCCAGUAGACUGCACCAGGCCAAACGAAGUGUGGGAUCCUUGCCCCUCAGACUGUCUUGAUGAAGACUGUUCAAACGCGUACAACCCUGUCGCCCCUUGCUAUACCCUGCUCCUCAACUGUCAACCCAAAUGCGUAUGUAAGAAGGGUCAUUACAGGAAUGGCAGUGACAUUUGUGUUCCUGCUAGCGAGUGUAAUGUCCCAAAUGCUUGUACCUCGGACUGUGCACCGACGUGUGCCAACCCAAACCCAAACUGUUUUGAAACACCACGAUGUUGCGAGCCUGGUUUGAUUCAAUUACAUAAGGGAAUUAAAUGCACCAAGAUUGAGGAUUGCCCAAAAAAGGGAUGCAACGGAGACCCCAAUGCAGUAAUUAAGUCAUGCCCAGCUCCAUGCCCUUCUACUUGUAGCAGACCAAAUUCUAUUCCGUGUAGGAAGGCUUGCAUAGAAGUCGGAUGCGAGUGUGCCCCAGGAUACAUUUAUUCGGAGGACGCUGGAAAAUGCGUCAAACCUGACGCGUGUCCAGGUGGAAAUCCCUGUGGUCCCAAUGGGAUGUUUGUUGGUUGUAAGAACAGUUGUCCUACCGACUACUGUCCAGUAGACGACAGCCGUGCUACGCCCAUUUGUGAAACGUAUCCGUUUGCUCCUUGCAACUCUGGUUGUGUCUGCAAUUAUGGAUACAUAAAGAACAAUAGACAAGAAGACAAAUGCAUUCUUCCCAAUAAGUGCCCACCUGUGAAAUGUAAGAGACCAAAUGAAAGGUGGGACUCCUGCCCAUCGGCUUGCUUAGCCGAGGGCUGUCAAGAUGUCAAUAACCAACCGACCACUUGCAACACUUUGGUCGCAAACGUCUGCCGACCGAGAUGUGUAUGCAAUAAGGGGUACUUCAGGAACUCUACCGAUAUAUGUGUGCCAGCAUGCAACUGUGACAUCUAAUUGUUGCUUUCCUUCCCUGUUUUUCUUUUGAAGAUCAAUUUAAUGAUUUUGUUUAUCAUCAUAUUUUUUAUCAGUUUCUGUAAAUUUUUGUUUAGAACUUUUUUGCUGUUUGUAUUCAAAAAAAUAUUUUUGUGUAAAAUACUCUACCAAGACUGCUUGUAAACUUUGUAUAUGAACCAAAUUGAACCUUUUGCUAUGUAAAAUUUUCUACUUUGUAUUAUAAAAUUAAUAUAAAAUCAA